AUGACACAUUACAUUUGGACCGGGGCGGACCAUAGGGCUUACAUGGCAGUUACGGGACAUUGCCCGACAGAUGACUUUGAGCUCAGACAGGUUACCCUAGAUUUCAGGGUGAUGGAGGGUGUGGUGCGCGAUUGGGAACUGGAGGGGCGCACCAUUGCGGUGACAACGGACAAUGCAUCGUCCAAUGUCGCCGCAAUGAAGUACUUGUGCCGGGGAGGACCUGGAGAUCGGCAGCCUCGCUUGUUCUCCUCGGGGAUGCACGUCCGAGCCAAGGCAUGUGCCCUCAACGUCCCCCAACAAUUGCACACGUGCCUCGCUCACAUCUGCAACCUAGCUGUUCAGCUAGCGUUGAAGAAAGUGACCGAGAUCGCACAACCUCUGGCUCUCCUCAGAGAGUUGGCGAGCUUCAUUGGCUACUCGACAAAGAGGACAGGUGCAUUCGAGGGCAUCCAGAGGGAGGAGAACCAGAGGGAGCCGACCCGAGCGAUCCUGAGGCUGCGUUUGGAUAGCAAGAAUCGCUGGGGUUCGACGUACCUGAUGAUCGAGCGCGCCCUGCGCCUCCGGCAUGCCAUCGACACGUUUGUGCGGCGUGCACCUGACGCUGCACAGCUGCAGGGACUGCAGAUCACAGACGACAUGUGGAAAGGUUUGAAAGAGCUCGCCACCUUCCUUCGACCCUUUCACGCUGUCACUCUUGCUGCUGAGGGAUCCACCUACCCCACCAUCAACAGGGUGGUCCCACAGUUCAACGAGCUCCUGGACGAGCUCGAGAGGAUGAGGGAUAGCACGACCACUCCACCCUCCCAGGUCUUGCUGGGAUGCAUUGAGGCCGCCCUGGGGAAGCUGGCAGAGUACUACGACGGCAGCAGCGACGAGCUGAUGAUCGCCACAUUCCUGGACCCAAGCUUCAAGCUCGGAGGGCAUUGGCAAGCACCAGCAGCAGGGCUGUGGGGAGCAGCAGCAGGGGGGGAAGGGGCCUGGGCACCAAUGCCUUUGGUGGACAGGAUGGAGACCGUAGGGGCCUGGUGGCUCGUCUGGCGGCGUACCGCGACCGUCAAGCUCCGGCGGUCACUGACGAGAUUCAAAUUUACUUGGGGGAGCGUUUAG